UUCAAUCAUAAUAACUUCUAUCUUCAUUAGACAAAAGAAACUAAAUGGAAUCUUAUUCUAGUUCAUAUUCUUCAACUAAUAAUUCUUCAUACAUAUCCCAAAACACCAAGAAACUUAAUGGAUCAAUGAAACGUAAUCAAUAUCCUUCUCAAUCUAAAUACUCUUGGCUUCAUUCAGUAAGAAAGUCACCAGUAAAAAAAAUGAAGAAAGCACCAAUAGCACCAAUGCCACCAACACCUGUCACAGUAUACAAAGUAGAUCCUAUAAACUUCAAAGAACUUGUUCAAUCUCUCACUCGUUCAACUCAGUUCAUACCUUCACAGCUUGAUCAUCACAACCCUAUUCAAAACACAAAUCAUACCAUUGCCCAUGACAGUGUUCCUUCUCUCCCAAUACAACUUUUUUCAGACAGCAGGGUCAAUACUGUGGAAGUGGAAGUGUCCCCUCCAUUGGUGCCAGUGGCAGUGAGUACUCCUAACAACUGGUAUCACUACUUUCAAGCUGAAUAUUUUGAAAAGAAUUGUAAGAAUGAUCGGGUAACGACUCCUGGUUUGUUGGACAUGAAUCUGCUCUCGCCGACGUCUUUUGGUAACUGGUGCUUUGUUCCUCCUAUCAUGAGCCCAACAGUUUGAACUGUUUUGAAGCUGUUGUGUAUCUAGGCCUUUUAGAAUGGAUUGAAUAAUUUUUUCUGUUAAUUAUUGCUCUAUUAUGCUUUCAUACUAGCAGCAAAAUAUGUAUUCUUUUAUGUAUGGCAGGGGGGCAGGGUCAUGCCCGUCACCCCGUUUCUCCCUCUCGUGUAUCAUUGUGAAUAUACACUUUAAAAACAUAUAUGAUACAAUAUAUAUUAUAUUCUUUCUCUUCCUUUUAAUUUAUUAAAUCUAGUGUUACUUACUGGAAUAGAAAAGUAUUGAUAUAUUGAUGAAGAUCACCGCAA